AUGGAGACGGCCAUUCGCUGGUCUCCAUCUUCGACCACUGCGGAGCAACGCUUUCUCUCCGUCGACGUGACGGGGAAGGCCUUCCGACUGUGCAGGGUGACCGCGUUCGACGGGCAAACACUCGAUCAUGAGGUGCUGUCGACGCACACGAAAGUGCCUGCCUUUCGCGCCUUCGAUUGGUCGCCCGUCGACGAGUCGCUCGUGGCGGUGGGCCAGUCGUCCGGCGACGCGACCAUCCUGCGCAUGAACAGCGAGUCCCAGGAGUCGUUCUCCUUCCCCAUUCGCCACCAGCGGUACUGCAAUGCCGUCGCGUUCAGCACGCAUGGCUUGCUGGCCGCCGGCCUGGAUCGCGUGCGAAAUGACUUCUGUCUGAAUAUCUGGGACGUGAGUCAGCGGCUGACCAUGAAGGGCGCGAAGGGCUACGUCGAGCCGUUGCGGAAGCUCGCCAGCUCUGAGCCCAUCACCAGCGUGAAGUUCUUCCGGGAUCAACCCGACACGUUGGUCACCGGGGUCAAGGGACAAUAUGUGCGUAUCUAUGACCUGCGUGAGGGACCGGGAAACCCGUCGCUGCAGUUCCCCACCCGCUGUGUGCAUAAUCUGGCCAUCGAUUGGCUGGACGAGAACUAUAUUGCGUCGUGCUUGACGUCGAAUGAUCCGACUAUCUGUAUCUGGGACCGUCGCGUGGGUUCGCGAUAUACGUCGCCUGGCGUGGGGCCUGCGAAUGCCGUCGAGACGGGCCAGCCUGGACCGGCACUGGAGUUUUCGAAUGUGAUUGCACCAAAGUCGUCGAUAUGGAGUCUUCGGUUUUCGAGGACGAAGAGAGGGUGUCUGGGCGUUCUGGCAAACACGGGCCAUUUCAAGACCUACGAUAUCGCGAAGGAGUACCUAUCCGAGGAAUAUCGGUCGUCGAUGGAUGAAACUCUCGGUCAGGGAUCUUUGAAAAACUACCCCGAGCAGAUCUACACGAAACACGUUCGCGAUGUCUACGGCCCGUUCAAUCAUUCUUCGCGCGGCUAUGCGGAGUCCGAACGAGUCGUGUCUUUCGACUUCCUCAAUAUGAGUGCCUCCAAUGAGCCCAGCGCCAUCACGUUAUCUGGCAACGGUCAGAUCAGUAUCGCGACGGCGAAACCGCCCCCGCCCCCAGUCCGUCUAUCUUCGCAGGGCUCGCUGAUCUGUGGAAAUUCCGACGACGAGUCCGAUUUCAAAGUUAUAGGCCCUUUGUUGACUUCGGGGUCAAGCAUCUCGGAGGUGGUUGAAAGCCUUCAGGACCGCAUCCUGCCAAACCCAAACAAAACCGGAGAUGUGUCUCGUGAGAGUCGUCUGGUGGCCCCGGAAAAUAACUCCACGAAACCGCUGUCAAGUCGGGAAGCACGCGAGCGUGCCCUGUCCCUGGGAACGUCGGGCGAGUCGCUGACGGCUGAAGAGGCGUUGACGCUGCUCACCGUGAACCGGAUGCGGUGCAAAGAAGGGUAUUUGUUUGAUGACGCGCGCAAUAAGAGAAUAGUGGCGGAUGAUCCCUGCCUUCCGGGGUUCUGGGAUUGGAUUCAACGUGAGUGUGGUAUCAUAUUAACGAUGAGCAGUGCUAAUUCUACUAUUCAGGGGCACGUUCUGACUCUUCUAAUGAUUCGAUGGUUAUGA